AUGCUGUCUUGCGAACCGAUUUCGGCUUUGUGCCUUCUAAGCGGCGUGAUUGCCGUGCCAACUUCCCUGAGCAAACGUGCCGACAACCCCGAUGAAGCAGUUGUCCUUGCUGAAUGCGACAAUGGAAAAUCAGGCACAGAAUUUGCUACCCAAGACCGCAUGCACUACUUUUCGGACGACUACGCGCGGCGCAAUGAUGGCGCAAGCCAGGACACUGUCACUACGAUUCACGAUCCGGCCCGCCAUGACGGCUUCUCGGGUCAGUACCACAUCGGCUGGACCUCUGGGACUGAAGAAAACCCCGUUUCAGCUACAUUUCCAGAAGACGGCCGCCAAUUCAAAGCUUGGGGUCUAACGUCCGACGGCGAGCCUGAGGCCCCAAUUUCAGGCACUGCGACCUUUGGUGGCGCCGAGUUCAAGUGCUACAAGCCAGGCUCGGACAACAAGCCCUGGACCACGCAAGACGGAUAUAGUUGUGCCGCAGCGUACGUGUGCACCCGUGCCGAUCGAUGGAUCCGCCAUACAAGUGUCAAAUUUGAUGACAAGAUUGCACAAGUCGGUUCAAAGGAGGCGUCAUGCUCUGGCUCGACGCCCGCCCCUCUCGACGCGAAGGAAGUGUUUUCCAAGUUCAAGGACAUCGCAGACAAGAGCUGGAACGCAGAAUCUGGAAUAGAUAUCGGCGGGGGAUGCAAGAUGGUAUUCCCAACGGUUAAUGUUCCAUCUGCAGAGGGAAUGCCUGGGUACGACACCAAUACUCCACAGAAGAUGGCAGACAUUUUUGUGGAACAUGUUGGUGCGAAGAUUGAGGAGACGCGCACACAUAACGAACGUAAUUGCUUUCUUGGGGGCUCUCAGUUCGGUGGUGGUUCCUACGACCAUGUUAUCCAAGAGGGGGUGGAAUAUCCGCAUGGAGGCCGCUUCGAGAUCACGACCGCGAAGCAGAGCGAUCCAAAGAGUCUACAGGUACAAAUGCAAGUUGACUUCCGCGUUGAUUGCUCUUGCGAGAGUGACAGUGGGUUAUUGAACACCAUCCGCAACUCACUGGGUCUGGUGGGUUGGAUUCAUCCUGCGUUUGGUGUUGUAGGUGCUGCGAUUGGAUUGUAUGAUGGAGCGACCUGCUAAUUGUCUGCAUAUGAAUGGUGGCGAUAAUUAUUUCCCCACUGCUGGCUAUGACAUGAUGGUUCCAACCAGUGCCAUCGCUUUGUUGUCCUUAUAUUUCAAAGUUUCAUUAGAAAAACCCUAUAUACUUACCC